AUGCUGCAAAUUCGGAUCUUGCUUGCCUUUUGCUUCGUUUUUGCCGCAGUCAUCGCUGCUCAGGUUCGCGAUGGCGCUCCUGCUCUCGGAACAUCAACUUCUUCGCUCCUGAUUGAUGCGGAGACAUCGCGGGCGUCGCGAGAGGCGAGCACUGAGAUCGCGCAUCAUCUCCAGACUGGCGAGAAAUUGGCAGCAAAGAGCUUGGAACCCUCGAGCCAACCGUCGCUGUCGCUCUCUACCGCCACACUCACGAGAACAUCCUUCAUCGAGGUACCAAGCGAGACGCAGGUCGUCGUCUCCACGCUUGUCGAGACUGUGACCGUUGUCGACCCUAUCUUCGUCACCAAGACCAGCACCAUCGCGAUCGCGCAAGCCCCGAGCGAUUUGGCGAAACGAAGAUUUGCUUCACCAGCAGCCAGUUACCAUUGCGAUUCGAUCUCGUCGGCAAACACUGGUCUUCCUCGUGACAAGUCUCCGCGACCGGAUUCGACAUCACUCUCCUCUCUCCGAGACUCAAUUCCUCCACCAGCCCCGACGACACUUGUUACCGCACGCCGCGGCGUUCAACGCCAAGUCUUGGAUGCGCCGGUUACUGUCAUUGGAAUGGUCUCGAUAGUCACCAUCGAAACGACGGUAACUCUGACUAGGACAGGCAGCUUCGUCUCGACGGCAACGGUCGUGAACCCCGUCAUAGUCUCUGUGACGGCAACUCCAACUUCAACCACUACCCUGUUCGUCACAGCUGGCGCUCCAGCUCCAACCUCGAUUGUAAGCACCCAAGAAGUGUCUACAAUUACCCCAGAGCCGACCAUCCCGACAACGGCUUCCACUCGCCUGACUAUCUCCACGCCAACCCAGACUUCGCUCGUCCCAACUUUGCUAUCGAGCGAUAAGAGUACCUCUGUUCUCCCAAUCAGCAGCAGUAUCUCGAGUUCGUCUAGCGCAACCAGUGGCAUCACGACUUGGUUCACGGAUGAUCCCGAUGGGUUCACAUGGCCAACCGUAGCUCCGACUCCGACCCAAAACUCGACGCCAACAUCUGCCAGUAUCACGGCAUCGUCGACUGUUGUUCCAGGCUCUGAAUCAUCGCUCAGGCCCGCACUGGAUGAUGGCCAAAUCGCUGGGAUCACCGUGGGCAGCGUCUUCGGCAUCGUCCUCGUCGCGUUAGCUAUCUGGCUCCUUCGAAAGCGCUCCAAGCGUCGCCGGCACGUUAACAUUCCCGAGGACGACUACCAAAUGACUUCAGCCGCCGCAGCAGCCGCUAUUGUCGACUCAUCGCCACCCACCAUGAACCAACGCGACCCAAGCGGGCCUCUGCCCAGCAACACGAGUGGUGAAAGCUCCCGCGAGGGCAAUGUUCGCAUUGUUAUCCAGCCAACUGAGAAACGUCGGACUCAGAGCAGCGGUCUCUUCCCUAUUCCAAAGAUCUGGCCGCAGCCGCCCGGAUACAACGGCAGGACUUACAGCUUCUCGGCCGGAGAGAGUGCAGAGUCUUCUCCUCGCGAGCCGAUGACUUGGAGCAAUGCGAGCGAGUACGGAGGUUCGAGCAACCGAGAGGGUUUGCCUAGUAGUGGCACGCGAGGAAACAUCGCGAUGCGCAAUGCUCGGAGGACUGAGGGUGCUGGCGGUGCAAGCGGCAGCAGAUUUUGA